AUGCGGGCUCUCAGUUCUGGCUCAGGCAUGAUUGCCUUUCUCGCAUUCCACUUUCUCAUCUCUCCUCUACUCCUCGCUCAGGCUACCCAAGUUAUCGAGUAUCCGAUCAAGCGAGUUCAACGAUCCGCUCCUGACAGUGUUGUGCCUACCACCAUCUACAAUGAGCAAUGGAUUUACACAGUAGAAAUUGCAAUCGGAAACCCACCACAAAAGACUCUCGUACAAGUUGACACAGGAUCUGCCUACCUCUGGGUCAACGCAAACUGCUCCUCGGCACCUACGGCUUUUGAUCAACAAAGGUUCUGCCAGAGCGUUCCUCGCUAUGAUCCUGGAGCCUCUAGUUCUGUUGAAGGACCUAUUGGCUCUCGCACACUGGGAUACGGGUCGGGCGAAGAGGUGAUUGGCGCUAUUGUCGAUGUCUACGAAGACGCAGUCACUAUGGGCAAUGCCAAGAUAAAGACUCAAAGGUUUGGCGUUGCAUCCAACAGUCUUAGACUGUCGGUCGGUAUCAUGGGACUCGGACCCGUCUUCAACGCCACUUUCGACUUUAGGGAGCCGUACGCUUUGGUGCUGGAUUCUUUGGCAGUGGAAAAUAUUAUUUCCAGCAGGGCGUAUAGCCUUGCCCUUGGCUCUGUGUCUGACGAAGGCGGUUCAUUGAUAUUUGGGGGCUUGGACAGAGGCAAAUUCUCUGGAUCUCUCAAGAAAACCCCAGUCGUCAAUAGCCGAGACGGCGGCACAAGAUUCACAGUCAGCCUCUCAUCCAUUGGAAUAGACGCCGGUAACGGGACCCAUCGACAAUACUCUCUCAAGGACACCAACGUCCAUCUCGACAGUGGCCACACAUUCUCCAGGCUGCAAAAUGACCUUGCAGAGAAGAUCUUCCAGGAUCUAGGCGCCGAACUUGACGACGAUCUCGGCUUCUACCUCGUUGAUUGCAAGGUUCGAGACCACGAAGGGGGUAUCACCUUUGGAUUUGGAGGCGAUAAGAUCAUCACUGUUCCCUUCCGUGAGUUUGUGUACACCGCUCAAGGUCUCUGUGCAGUCGGCCUUGAGCCGAUCAAAGAGGGCGAACAGCAGGUUCUUGGCGACAGUUUCCUGAGAGCGGCAUACGUUAUCUUUGACUGGGACAAUGAGGAGAUCCACAUCGCACAAGCUGCUAACUGCAGCUCGGAGAUUGUUCCCAUCGGUCGUGGCAGUGGCGCUGUGCCCUCAGUGGUAGGGGCAUGUGGCUCAAAUACCACCACUUCCACGACAGGCUCGACUGCCUCGGCUACAGGAUUUCCUUCUUCUGCUGGCAAUUUGCAUGUCGAAAAGUGGCAGUUCGUCGGCACCCUAGCAACCCUGCUUCUCAUCUGUCUCUUUGUCGUUUAA